AUGUAUAAAGUGGACAUUCAGACAGACCUAAAAGAGGCAGCUGCCAUCGAAGCCCGCAGAAACCGGGAGAAGCAAAGACAGAGCCGCAUCUUUAAUGCUCGCUACCGCACCAUGGGGGUGGAUGUGGAAGGCCUGAAAAGCCAAGUGGAAGAACAAAUACUGAGAGAGAAUGCAGAGAAACAACGGGAUGACGCAUUUGAUGCAGACAGGGUGCAGUAUGACAAGAUUGCGCAGAUGCUGGAGGAAGAAGAGCGCCAGCGGAAACGGCAGCUAGAACAGGCUGUGGUGAAAUUCCGCGAGGAGAAGCAACAGCCAUCCAUGAGCCGUGAAUGGGACAUCCAUGACCCCGAGGUGGUACGCAAGGGCAGUCCGGCUCGCGUGAGUGACGAUGACCCACGCUGUGGCCCUUCAAGCAUGCAGCGCUUUGGUGGCGAGGACCUCCAAGCACCUGCCCGCCACAAACUGCAGAAGGAGCAGAACAAGCGUGUUCUGGAAGAGCAGAAAACUGAACGAGAAAGGGACCUUGCGGACCAAAAAUAUGCAGAUAUCCUGGAGGGCAAAAAGAGGAUAGAACUGGACCAGCGAGCCCUGGAGCUGGCCCGUUUGGAGGAAGAAUGCCGCAGGGCCAAAGCCAUGGCCACCGCCAACUUCAAUCGAGCCCAGGCCGCAGAGGAGGCUCAGCAGCAGCGUCUGGCCCAGCAGCGGGAGCAGGACGACAACUAUGCUGAGAUCCAGAACCACCUGACGGGCGACAUCUUGACAGAAAACCCUGAUGUAGCCAACAGCUUGAUGGGCCCACACCGCGUGAUCCCCUAUCGCUGGAAGGGGAUGACCUCUGCACAGAUGGAGGCUAUAUGGAAGAUGCAGGCGGAGCAGUGCAUGGAGAACCAGAGGCUGCGGGAAGCAGAGCGGCAGCGGGAUGCUGAGUGGGAGCAGCAGCAACACUUGGCUGCCCGAGCUGCCUUGGAGAUGGAAGUGCAGGAGCAGAAUUUCCGCUUGCAGCUGAGGAAGAGCCAGGAUGCCUACAACAAAGAGCUGGCUGAUGCACAGAAGUCUAACUUACGGUACCUGGAGAAAGAGGUCUACACCAAUGCACCCACAGCCCAGUACUACCUGCAGUUUAACACCAGCAGCCGCUGAAGGAAGGAUGGGAGAGGUGAGGCCCUUGGCAGCCAGCGCAGGAAGCCUUUUUGUACAGAACAAUGGCGCCCUCUGGUGAUUCUCAGGAAGAUGCAAGGACAAAGAACAUGUGCACCAAGAACAGAGUUUGAGUUACUUCACCUGUUAGCAUGUGGCUUCCCUUGCAGAACACUCCAUGUGGCCCUGCUGUAAUAGUUUUCUGUUUAGAUGUCCAUACCACCAGGGAAGGCUGCCCAAUCACACAAUGGACUGCUUUGCACUACUUACUUGCCACAUGAUUAUAUGUAUCUUGUGCAAGAGGUUUCUGCCAAAUAUAAUCAGAGAUUACUUUAA